AUGGUGGGUUCAGGUUCUUCAAGUGGAGAUUUAAGAACUCCACAGUUUGAUGGUGCAAACUAUGAUUUUUGGUCAGUCAAAAUGGAAACUAUUCUCAUAGCAUAUGAUCUAUGGGAUGUAGUGGAGGUUGGAGUACUUCCACAACCGAUUCUUGAGGAAGAAGAAGGCUCUGGAGAUGAAGAGAGUGAAGCUGAGCAAAUUCCAGUGGAAGCACCUACCAUUUCCAAAGAAGAUAAGAUCAAAAAUGCCAAGGCAUUGAGCCUUAUUCAAGGAGCACUAACAAAUGAGCUCUUUCCUCGCAUCAGAAAUGAGAAGACUGCAAAAGGAGCUUGGGAUGUCUUGAGGAGAGAGUUCAGAGGAGAUAAAAAGGUAAGAGCUGUAAAACUUCAAGCUGUUAGAGCAGAUUUUGAGUAUAUGAGAAUGACUGAUGGUGAAAGCUUAGAUAGCUAUUUGGCUAGAUUUUUUGGAACUGUGAAUAAUCUGAAAUCUCUUGGUGAAGAUGUGUCUGAAACAAGAAUUGUGCAAAAGCUUUUGAUGAGUCUAAGUAGAAAAUAUAAGUCCAUUGUGUCUAUUAUUGAAGAAACUCGAGACCUUGAUGUUCUUAGAGUUGAAGAGGUCAUUGCCUCUGUCAAAGUCUAUGAUAAAAGGGAGGACUUGCAUGAUGAAAGAGAUAAAGUGGCUGGAACUGAGAGAGCUUUCAGUAGCCUCAAGGUUGGAAAUAACCAAGUUCAUAGCACUCAUAAGGGCUCACAGAGUAGACCAAAUCAAAAGUGGCAGGGACAAGACAAAAAGGAAUCAAAUUGGUCUCAAAAUAACAAUAGCUCAAGCUGGAAUAAUAAUGUUGGAGGAAAUUGGAACAAUAGUUUCAAUUCUCAGAACAAGCAAGGUACAAAGGCAAACCUAGAUGUGGAAAAUGCAAUAGGUUUGGUCAUACUGCAAAGGACUGUGAAGGUCAUAGUCACAAACAAGUAG